AUGGUCUCCCAACGAGACCGCGAGAUCCUGCGCGAUGACCUACGCGCCCGAGGCACAAAACUCAGCGUAGCAGAACGCGAAUCUCUCCUCAAGACCUAUCUCCCCGACCCCGCCGAGCUAGGCCAGAAGCCAGCAGCACCGACUGCCAGCGAGCGCCGCAAGACACCACGCAAAACGCCCAUUCGCACAUUCCUCAGGUCGCAAACCCACUACCUCACCUAUGCCCUGACACAUAUCAUCUUCGGCAUCGUCGUGCGUCUCUUGCAAGCGUACCACGCCGUCGUCGACCGCAUUUUCGCAAUCGUCUAUCACCACCACCGCACCCCCGAGCUGAUCCGGAAAGAUGUGAGGAAUCUCAAGCGCUUGCCGCAACAUCUGAGUACGAUUCUCACGCUGCGGAAGGAAGAUGACGCUCUUGCGGUGUUGAUGGACGAGGUUGCUGAAUUAGCGGCCUGGAGUUCGUGCUCGGGGAUUUCCCAGCUCAGCAUAUACGAGAAGUCGGGCGUCCUGAAAUCCUGCAUCCCAGCCCUUCACCAAAUAAUCACCACCAAACUCGCCUCCUACUACGGCACCCCGAGUCACCAACCAAUCCUCCAAGUCUACGCCCCUCACCACCCAGUCCAUCGCAGCGCACCCAUAUCAAAAAACACCGACACCACAACCCAACCCCAGACCCUGACAAUCCUCCUCCUCUCCUCAACGGACGGCCGCGAGACCCUCGUCGACCUAACCAAGACCCUAGCGGAGAUGAGCCAGAACGGCAAACUUUCCCCGGAAGAUAUCACGCCGGAGCUGGUCGACGCAGAGAUCAGCGAGAUCACUACGCAGCCGCUGUCUAUGGAUCCCACGCUGCCGGAUACGGUACUCAAGCCAGAGCCAGAUCUGUUGCUUGUUUUUGGUCCGUUCCUUAAGCUUGAUGGGUAUCCGCCUUGGCAGUUGAGGUUGACGGAGAUGUAUUGUACUGGUGGACGCAGUCAUGGACUUAGUGGGGAUGGAGAGGCGGUUGAGUAUCAGGGGUAUAUGCGUGGUCUUUGGCACUUUGCUGGGGCCCAGAUGAGGUUUGGAAGGUAG